GGCUCCAGACGCCCGGCCCCUCAGCCGCCCGCCGGUCCGACAUCUGCAGCCCGCGUCCGCAGCGCCUCCGCAGCCUGCCGCAAGUGGCUCCGGAAAGAGCCGAAGGCCCAGCGCGCCGGGAAGAGCCGAGCGGAGCCCGCGGGCCGGAAGGGGCAGCGCGUCGGCCCCGAGCGGUCGCGAGAGCUCUGGCUAGCGGAGGCCUGCGACGCAGGCUCGGGGAGGGUUACUGCGUGCUUAUGAUCGCAGGUUUUUAAAGUCAGUGCUUGAAAGAAGAAACGAAACCUGGGCAAGAUUCAGUGAGACCCGGCCGGAAGUCGUGGUAUCCAUAGACACGCUAUCGGAAAUUGGGGUUGCUAGGAGGCCUGGGCGCGUCGGCUAGUCUGCGUCACGGCUGAAGUCCCAGAAGGUUACGAUUCCGGCCCCGGUGAAGAUGAAGACCUGCAGCCUGAGAGACCAAAACUUCAGUCUCUUAAGGUGACUGAAGAUGUCGAACCAGGCAGCAUGGAAGAGGCAGGGCCAGAGCUGCCUGUAGGGACUGACCAAGAGCCACAACCAGAGACGCAAGAAGAGGGCUUCAAAGAGGAGACACCGGCGAGUGCUAAGAAUAUACACCUACGUCUGAAACCCACCUGGACGUCCGAGGAAGAGGCUCCCCAAAAGUCCAAGACAGACAUUUCUAGCGAGAUUGAGCUAGGGAUUCCCAAAGAGGUAAAGUCGGAGACAUCCAGACAGAUAGAAGUAGAGCUUUUCAAGGAUUUGGAGGUCCUUGUGGACGAAAAGCAUGGGGAGCCAGAGGAGGAAGCCAAACCAGAUGUCACAGAGGAUAUGCUCAUAGAGGCAGCUAAGGAAACAGAUCUAGAGCUACGAAAGGAAGCCGAGUCUGAGGUUCCAGGGGCCACAAUCAGUGAGACAAGAUUAGAGUUAGUAGAGGGGACCAAACUAGAGGUUUGGGAGGAGUCACUUAGAGAGCAACAUGGAAAGACGGGUCUGGAACCUACAGAGCAGACCAAACCGGAAUUUCCAAGUGAGAAACUAAGAAGAUCAAUUGAAGAGGCAGAUCUUCAGCCACCAAAGAUGACCACACCAGAGAUUCCAGAGGAGACACAAAGUAAGUCACCUGAGGAGAAAAGGACAGAGCCACAUGAGCAGGCCAUACCAGAGUUUCCAGAAGAGAAACCAAGUAUGUCUACUGAGGAGACACAAAGAAAGUCAACUGCAGAGAAAGUUCUAGAGCCACCAGAGGACACCAAAUCUCCAGAUCAAAAAGAGAAGCAGAAAAAAUCAACUGAGGAGACAGGUCUAGCACCAUCACAGAAGUCCAGAUCAGAGGAGACACUAGGAGAGUCAACUGAGGAGCAAGUUCCAGAGCCACCAGAACAGACUAAACCAGAGUUUCCAAAGAAAGAACCGAGAAAGUCAACUGAAGAAACAGGUCAGGUGCCACCACAGAAGAUCAUACCAGAGGUGCAAGAGAAGACACAAACAGAGCCAACUAAGAAGAUAGAUUCAGAGUUACCAUAUAAAGCCAAACCACUACUUAGAAUAGAGACAUGUGUAGAAUUUGCCAAGGAAGAUAGGCCAGAACCAAUCAGACUUAAGUGUUCUGUAGACAGAGAUGAGCCAGAGUACUCUGACUAUCAAACAAGAAAGUUGUUAGUAAAAGAAACUAAAGACGUUUCAAAAGACUCUGUGUUAGAGUCUCUUCCAAUAAGUGAAGUAGACUCAGUGAAUAUAGAUUAUGAGUUUUCUAAAGAACUCCAAAAUCUGUUUCAGUUUUCUGAUACCAAUUAUGAAUUCUACUCAUAUUACUCUGAGUCUCAGAGGGAUUUAAAAGAGUCCUCUAAUGAAAAGAAAGAUCUGUCCCCAGAGUCAGUGACACUGGUACCUAAAGAUAAAGAAACGCAGCCAAAAAAAAGUACUGACCUACAAUUUGAGUAUCUUGAAUGGAGCCCAGAGAAAGUUGCAGAGUGGAUUUGCCAGCUAGGCUUCCCUCAAUACAAGGAGUGUUUUACCACAAACUUCAUCAGUGGCCGAAAACUCAUCCACGUAAACUGCUCAAACCUCCCUCAGAUGGGUAUAACAGAUUUCGAGGACAUGAAGAUACUAGACAGCUGAGAUGGCAGGCAGCAGAGGAAUAUCACGUUGGCCCACUCCACCAGAGAAGAGUUACAGUAAAAGCACUGGAUCCCCAGUUUCUUGAAUUCAUCUGGGAGGGAAUAAAGGAAGUCAGAAAGAUCACAGUACAAAGAACUUCGAACUCAACAUCAGCUGUGGGGAGAGGAUGACAAUUAUUUUAUCUCAAGUCUUGCCACCACAUUAAUCAGAAGAGAUUCCCUCAUGCCUUCUAAAAGCCACGCAGCAAAGCCCUGACCCCAUGACUAUGGCAGGAGGUGCCACUGCAGCAGUGCUCGAGAUUGUAAGAUAAUUCAUCCCUACCUUAUGUUUUAGACCAAAUGCUAGAAUUUUUCAGAGUUUCUUUUUUUAGGAAGAAAAAAGGUCUGAAUGAAGCCUUCUCCAAUUAACAGAAUUCAUCGUGUACCAGAUAAUGUACAAAGUACAUACGUUAUCUAAGGGAAUCUCAUAAGGACCUUAUGAGACAGAGGCUAGUGUUAUUCCUAUAUUAUAGAUGCAGAAACUGAGGCUUCAAGAAUUCUGUGACUGGGCUGAAGUUAAACAGCUUAACUGGCUUGAAAUGAUGGGAAAGACUGAGAGAGUGGAAGAGUAUAGGGCAGAGGUUGGGAGGAAUUUGCCAAAAUAUGCUUAUAGUUUCAGUAUACACAAUUUAAUGUCAAUAAGAUGUUUAUAAAUGUAGAAAGAAAUGUAUAACUCAUGUAGUUGCUAAAAACACUUCUUGGUAGUUAAUCAUUUAAUUGUACUUAUUGUGAUCUGGAUCCUCAAAAGUAAAAAUGUGAACUCACAUACGGUAGUAUG